CAUAAAAGGGACUGAAGAACCUCGCGCCAUUUUGGCCACCCGGAAUUUUUACGACUUGAAAAGGAAGGAGGGGGAAAUAAAAGAGAAGAUUAUAUAAAAGGGACGGGCCACGGACGACUCCGGUGAACAUGACCUAGUGCCCCAUGACAUCGGCACACCCUUCGCCCCCACACCAUAAUUGCUCGCCGACCUGACACGCACACAGACACACAUAUUAUAAAGAAUGGUGCCGCGUUGGUUGUUGGUGUGCUGCGUGGUGCUGUGCGCUCGGCCGGCGCACCCGCAAGGCGCCCAGCAGUGUCCCGCGCCCAACACCAUCACACCUUGCAGCUGCACCGUCAAAAAGAAUGGCCUCGACAUACUCUGCGAGUUCACUGAACAACAACACAUACAGAAGGCAAUGAAUACUCUCCGUUCCAAGCCCAUGAUAAUCUUUUACCUGAAGCUCCGACACAAUAACCUGGCCAAGUUGCCUUCCUACAUAUUCCUGGGGCUGGACAUCCGUCACUUGACAGUACACAACAGUAGCCUGGCUGUAAUUGAAGACUCUUCUUUGAGUUCCAUCGGUAAUAAGUUAACACAACUUGACGUGUCCCAGAACAGCCUGGCAACAAUACCGACCUCGUCGUUCACGCAUCUCAACCAUCUGCUUAUUCUCAACAUGAACCAUAAUAAGGUGACUGCUGUACACAAUAGAGCAUUCAUGGGCUUGGAUACGUUGGAGAUUCUAACUUUGUAUGAGAAUCGGAUAUCUGUUGUGGACGGCGAGGCUUUUAAAGGACUCGAGAAAAAGCUGAAAAGGCUAAACCUUGGCGGCAACGAUUUGACAGCGGUGCCACAGAAAGCUCUCGCUCUUUUAGAGAAUUUGAAAAAGCUUGAAAUGCAAGAGAAUCGCAUUGCUACGAUAACUGAAGGAGAUUUUGCAGGUCUACGCAGCCUAGAUUCUCUAGGGUUGGCCCACAAUCAGCUACGCGAAGUACCUGCCCAGGUAUUCUCGCAUUUAACGUUCCUUAACUCUUUGGAACUGGAAGGCAAUUUAAUCCAAAGGAUUGAUGAAAAGGCCUUCGCUGGACUUGAAGAAAACCUGCAGUAUCUUCGUUUGGGAGAUAACCGUCUGCAUGAGAUACCUUCGGAAGCUCUUCGUCCCCUGCAUCGGCUGCGACACUUGGACCUUCGUUCUAAUAACAUCACCUACAUCAGUGAGGAUGCCUUCACUGGUUAUGGAGACUCAAUCACCUUCCUCAACCUGCAGAAAAAUAUGAUCCACCAACUGCCGACUAUGGGCUUCGACAACCUGAAUUCCUUGGAGACUCUAAAUCUACAGAACAACAAGCUGCAACAUAUUCCCGAGGAAAUAAUGGAGCCGAUUUUAGAUACGCUCCGAGUUGUUGAUAUUAUGGAUAACCCACUGAUUUGUGAUUGCGAGUUGGCGUGGUACGAGGCCUGGCUCGCAGGUCUACGAGACAGGGACGACGAAAUGAUGCAAAAGAAGAGGACUGUCUGCACCAUGGUGAACGAGCACCGUGAGUACAGCGUCGCUAAGAUGCCGCUUGAGAAGAUGAACUGUAAACGAAAACCAGCGUACGGACGCACUUCUGGGGCGCCCAUGCGCGCUGACAUCUGCUUCGCGACUAAAGUCCUCUUUGUCGUAGCAGCCAGGUGGCUCUAGAAUAAUCAUAAACAUACGUUUUCAAUGAGUUAGUCCUAAUUUAAUUUCGCGAAGGGUCACCCUCGGGCCAGCUGUGGCCGGAUGGCUCGACGCGUGUCACUUCGCAGCGUUUGUAUUUUCCGUUCAAAACUUGUAACGUGAUGAAUUUGUGCAAUAAACUACGAUACAUAUCAAUUUUGGGCUGAUAAACAAAAUUAGUAAUAUAUUAUGGAGCGGUAGCUUGGUAAGUGAAGAUGGACGUUUUUCAAGGAUGGUAAGUUAGUGGUACAGUAUUUUUACAUUGUAGUAAAGACCUCUUGCGGUAUGCCUUACUAAUAGUAAUGUACCAGAAUGUAGGAAACUACACGUAACACCAGGCAUCUCUAGUUAGUAGGUAUCACUGAAGGUGUGUUUCAUAUCUUUAUGGUCGUAGCAUGCUCUUAGCAUGAACAAAACUUAAAUAAAAUUUCAAAAUAAAUGUGAUUUCACAAUGAGCUAGAACUUUUACACAAUCUUUAGCAAUGAACGAUUUCAUUUUAAAUUUUACAAUUCCCUAUGAAUUUGAAGGAGAAUUUUAAUAUUUUUUAUCGUUUACCCCUGCCUUACGAUGUAACCUAUUAGUAAGCUUUUACGUAUUUACAAUGUUGACUAUUACGAUAUUACUAUUCUAUGAUACGUGUAAGAGGGCUCGAGGUACGAGUAUUUUAUCUCGCGGUACGUGUAUUUACCUCUCAUUAUGUAGCCACAUAUUGAUCCGUUGGAUCUAUUCAAUACAUGUACGCUGUGUAUCGUUUCCAGGCUUGUGUUCGCUUUCGAGAUGGUACGAAUAUGUUAUCUUCAUUAUUAUAUUACGUAGUUAGAGCCCAUAAAAUAAAUGUUCUAUUUGAUGUAGAAUUUAGUAUUAAUUAGGUAAAUAAGUGUUAGAUGAGAUUCGAUUUAAAUCAAAGCUGUUUAUAGUUUGAGAAUUUGUAGCAUUUAACCGAUCCAGUUUGGUUCGUAAUAUUAGUGUUAUUUUUAGUAGUUUAUUCAAUAAGUUUUACUUUAUUGAAUUGUAUUUAUUUUUUGACGUAGACAUUAAGUUUUUACGUGUAAAGAUAUAGUUUUUUUUAACUUUAAUAGAUUUUAUGUUCAGUUAAUACUCGAUGUUAAAGUUUAACAUUAGUCUAGUGGAGUAAUAAAUGUGACUUUGAACAUAUUUCCUUUGCUUUGUAGUAACCUAACCUAGUGUCGAAAAUCUUAAAAAAGAGGGAAUAAUGUUCUGAGCCCUGUGAUCAAUAUAAUAAUAUGACAUGUAUUUAAAUCAACAUUAUCACGUGAUAAAAUUGUAACCAAAAACAUAUCCUUUAGUCUGAAUUACUAAUUAUAAGAAUGUUUAUGAUAUACAAUGUUUAAAAUCGAAUAUAUUUUUAGUAGAAGGGGUGGACCUAAACUGUUAAUGAACAAGAGUUUGAAAUGUGACUACAAAAAUAUGAAAUAUCGAAUAUAA